CUAUAACCGGUGUGAGAGGGAGAGAGACCGAGGAACCAUGGACUCCCUGAUCUUUGCGUCGUCCCCCCCCAACCUGUCGGACCACCUGAUGUACGACAGCUUCCUGCAGGGGAACGACUCUGAGCUCCACGGGGACUACUCCGACCCCAGCUUCAACCAAAUCAGCACGGUGAUCAUCACCUGCAUGUACUUCAUGGUCUGCACCGUGGGGCUCUGCGGAAACGCCCUCGUCAUCUACGUCAUCCUGCGCUACGCCAAGAUGAAGACGGUCACCAACAUCUACAUCCUCAACCUGGCGGUGGCCGACGUGCUCUUCAUGCUGGGCCUGCCGUUCAUCGCCAUCCAGCUGGCGCUCGUCCACUGGCCCUUCGGCCCGGUGCUCUGCCGGGUGGUGAUGACCCUGGACUCCCUGAACCAGUUCACGUCCAUCUUCUGCCUGAUGGUGAUGAGCAUCGACCGCUACCUGGCGGUGGUCCAUCCCAUUAAGUCCACUAAGUGGCGCAAACCCCGCAUGGCCAAGACCAUCAACCUGACCGUGUGGGGGGUGUCGCUGAUUGUGAACAUUCCCGUCGUGAUCUACAGCGGCGUCAUCACAAAGCAAAACGGCUGCUUCUGCACCAUCGUGUGGCCCGAGCCCCAAGAGGCCUACUACACGGCCUUCAUGUUCUACACCUUCAUCCUGGGCUUCUUCCUGCCGCUCAUGGUCAUCUGCCUCUGCUACCUCUUCAUCAUCAUCAAGGUGAAGACGUCCGGGAUGCGCGUGGCCUCCUCCAAGAGGAAGCGCUCCGAGAGGAAGGUGACCCGCAUGGUGUCCAUCGUGGUGGCGGUGUUCGUCUUCUGCUGGCUGCCCUUCUACAUCUUCAACGUCACCUCGGUCACGGGCACCAUCAGCACCACGCCCAUCCUGCGGAGCACUUUCGCCUUUGUGGUGGUGCUGGGCUACGCCAACAGCUGCGCCAACCCCAUCCUCUACGCGUUCCUCUCGGAGAACUUCAAGAAGAGCUUCCAGAACGUGCUCUGCCUGAAGAAGGUGGGGGGGCUGGACGAGGUCGAGCGCAGCGACAGCCGGCAGGAUAAGUCUCGGAUGAUGAACGACCCGACGGAGACGCAGAGCACGCUGCUGAACGGCGACCUGCAGACCAGCAUCUGAGAGGAAGGAGGCACACAUCCCUCUCUCUCUCUGUGGAAGAGGAAACAGUCUCUCUAAGAUCACAUCCCGGGGGCCGUCACUAAGUAUCAAACGCAGAGUUCAGAGGGGAGCUCAUCCACUUAUCGACGAGGGAGAAGCAGGAACACAACUCAACAAACUCAAAAAGAUACUUUCGCGCCGGACGGCUUCUCCAUCUGCCUUUCGCACGUUGUUGGCCUUCUAUGGCGCUACACAAUAUCCAUUCUAACACAAUCACUAGUUCAUACUAAUGUUCGCUCUGGGCUGCAAAUGAAAUAAAGAGGAAUUCCGGUCGACCGUUCCUCCGCAGGGUAUUGACCGUGGGAUAGAAGCUGAAUGGUCCCUCGGGUGACAUGGACUCCCCCCCCCGAGAUCCAGGAUUAUAAACAGUUCCCAGCAGACAGUCUCUGCCAAGUGUUGUGUUGUGUAGAAAUAUCAACAUAUCGGUGUGUUUAUGUAAAACAACAUGAGGAUGAAAUAAAACUGUUGACGGUUUCAAUCAACUACUUGUCUCAUCUACAGCCCGGUUCUACGAUUGUAAAUAACUGUAAAACGAAAGUGGACGAAGACAUCGAACACAAAGUCAGAGUUGUUUUUUAUUUGUAUUUACUUUUCAAACUCUUGUUUGUAAGUAAUGAUGUUUCCAGACCAAUGAAUGUCAAGCGUCAUUGAUUCUCAUCAGGAGUCGCUUUCUCUUCCUAAUUCGUGGGAGCGGUUUAAUCGUGUUAAAACGUAAAUGUGAAUAUCAGUGUUGAGUGAGUUUAAAGAUGUUUAGUGCUGUGUCAUUGCCCCCCCUGUUUAUUUCUGUGUGAAUAAUUUAUGUCGAAUCAAUUGUAGCCGGCUCGGUCAAUCGACAAAGCCAGCCUCUAACCAAAGUGCUGCUAACAUGCACAGAAACUCCGCUACAAUGUGGUAUAAAUAUUCUUGUUUGUGACUCAUGUUGGUGACUGUUCUUUACCACGGCUCAUUUACCAUUUAUUUAUAGAUAUGGUGUCCUAUUCAACGUUUCAGCCUCGGUCAGUGAUCUUAAUCAGAAAUGGAGCAUCUCAUAGUUCUACGCUAUUCAGUCUAAAUGCUGAGGAGUUGCUCAUCUCGAGGCUCGUGUGUCAUCUGAGAGCGUUCGUCCCAGUCAGGGCCAGAUCUCCCCAGGGCUGGGGGUGGAUGUCAAAGGUCACAGGUCACCUGAUGACUGAUCUGCCUGUUUGGAGUUAUCACGAGAGGAUGCACACUAUCCCCAAAGUAGGGAAGGACUGAGGGAGAGUUGUCCAUUCUUCAGUUUGGGUUUUGCGUCAGUGGUGUCAGCAGGCUGAGGGUUAUUCCGUGUCGUCUCUGUGUGCUGUGACUUUUUGAUUUCACCUCCACAGAGCACGGCGGACUUUGCUCUUCCCCUUACCGCCUCCUCCCGGAGAGAGCCGCUGCUCAACGCUUUGUAUUCCGCAACCGACCCGUCCUCUUCUUAAAAUCCGUGGCAUUUGGGAGGCUUUAGUUCCGAGGUGUCUGAGAGACGUGGAUUUGUGAAGGGCUCGAACACUUAGCCUCAAAAGGCUCCGGUGUUCUUUUAUCACCUCAUCAUCAGUAUCAGUAUCGCUGUGCUGCUCCGCCAGUCCACAGUUCCUCCCGUGACUCACUCUGUGCUGCUGUCCACUCAUUACUAUGUGUCAUUAAGAGUUAUUGAAAUCUAACCCUGUGUGUGUUUUUUUUUAUCACCUCUUAAGGACGUUUUCCUG